ACGCUUGAGUGACAGAGGGGUUGCGAUUGAAGCGGGGCUGCGGAAGAGGAGGGGGGCGUUUUAAAGGGCCAGCAGCGGGCGAAAGUUGUGAGGAGAGUUUCUGGAGGAGAUCCUUCCUCGGCCAGGCCCAGUCAGGAGGACCCACGUCCGGCACGCCUGAAGAGCCGCCGGCGUCAGGAUGGAGCAGGCCGCGCCGAAAAGCAAGCUGAAAAAGCUAAGUGAAGAUAGCUUAACUAAGCAGCCUGAAGAAGUCUUUGAUGUCUUGGAAAAGCUUGGUGAAGGGUCUUAUGGCAGUGUAUUUAAAGCCAUUCAUAAAGAAUCAGGGCAAGUAGUGGCAAUUAAGCAAGUCCCUGUUGAAUCAGAUCUACAGGAAAUAAUUAAAGAAAUUUCUAUAAUGCAGCAGUGUGACAGUCCUUAUGUCGUCAAGUACUAUGGCAGCUACUUUAAGAACACAGACCUGUGGAUUGUUAUGGAAUACUGUGGAGCAGGUUCAGUCUCAGACAUAAUUAGAUUACGAAAUAAAACGCUUACAGAAGAUGAAAUUGCAACCAUUCUUAAAUCUACACUUAAAGGACUUGAAUAUUUGCACUUUAUGAGAAAAAUACAUAGAGAUAUAAAGGCUGGAAACAUCCUCUUAAACACCGAAGGACAUGCAAAAUUAGCUGAUUUUGGAGUAGCUGGACAGUUAACUGAUACAAUGGCAAAACGUAAUACUGUCAUAGGCACCCCAUUUUGGAUGGCUCCAGAGGUAAUACAAGAGAUUGGCUAUAACUGUGUGGCAGACAUCUGGUCACUUGGUAUCACUUCAAUAGAGAUGGCAGAAGGAAAGCCACCAUAUGCGGAUAUACAUCCAAUGAGGGCUAUUUUUAUGAUUCCUACAAAUCCCCCUCCAACAUUCCGAAAACCAGAGCUUUGGUCUGACGAAUUUACUGAUUUUGUGAAAAAAUGUUUGGUGAAGAAUCCUGAGCAGAGAGCUACUGCAACACAACUUUUGCAGCAUCCUUUUAUUAAGAAUGCCAAACCAGUCUCAAUACUAAGAGAUCUGAUUACUGAAGCAAUGGAAAUUAAGGCCAAAAGACAUGAAGAGCAGCAGAGGGAACUUGAAGAAGAGGAUGAAAACUCGGAGGAAGAUGAACUGGAUUCCCAUACCAUGGUAAAGACUGGCUCUGAGAGUGCAGGCACCAUGAGGGCUACUAGCACGAUGAGUGAGAGUGCUCAAACAAUGAUUGAGCAUAAUAGUACAAUGUUGGAAUCAGACCUGGGAACCAUGGUGAUAAACAGUGAUGACGAUGAUGAAGAUGAAGAUGAAGAUGGAACCAUGAAAAGAAAUGCUACAUCGCCACAGGCUCAGCGACCAUCCUUCAUGGAUUACUUUGAUAAACAAGAUUCUAAGAAUAAAAGCCAUGAAAACUGCAAUCAAAAUAUGCAUGAAUCAUACCACAUAUCAAAGAAUGUCUUCCCUGAUAACUGGAAGGUUCCUCAAGAUGGUGACUUUGAUUUCCUGAAAAAUCUAAGUUUGGAAGAACUACAGAUGAGAUUAAAAGCUUUGGAUCCUAUGAUGGAACGUGAAAUUGAAGAGCUUCGUCAAAGAUACACAGCAAAGAGGCAGCCAAUUCUGGAUGCUAUGGAUGCGAAAAAACGAAGGCAACAGAACUUCUGAUCCUCUUACCUCCUCGGAUAAUGAUAUGGACACCAGGAAAAGCUGUACAUAACUGCAAAACUUAAAAACGCAGAAACUUGGAGCUUCACGGCAACUAAAGCUGAAGUACUAGAAGAAAGCACAUUGUAUGUUUUGUAACAUGAGUGAAAAUCUUGUUUUUCAUGUUUUCAUACAAUAGAAAUGUCACAUUCCACUUCCUGAUCCCUUUCAGCUGUAUUCCAGUAAUGCUGUGUGUUGUACAGUAAGGAGUAGUAUAUGGUUCCUGGUAAGACUUAAGUCUGUCUCCUAAUUUCUCAGUAACACAGCACCUUUAAAGGCAUAUUUAUUGUAUACACUUAGCUGAUUUUAUUUAUUUCCAUGCUUGAUGCUUCUUAACUAUAAAUGGUGCUUGCAAGUUCUAAUAGUGGACUCCAGGGUAGGGUAAGUUAAACAUAUGUGUGCAGCCACAUUAUAAAGCUACGUUACUACUAUAUUAAGACUGGACUCAGGUAAAGAGUGUUAGCUCCAGCAGGCUUGUACGCUUAAUUCUAAGGAGAUGGAUUUGGGAGCUUGAAGUAAAGCAUGUUUUACGCACUUUGCUGAUUUAGAGGGGUUUGUAAUGCAUUGGCUACUUUAGAGAAAUGGUCUCCCAGAUACAGAGCGUUCAGUCUUUCCUGGGAAUAUCUCUUUGAAAUAAAUGGGGUUUAUGCCCUCCUAAACAACUUCUAUAUUUGGAAAAUACUUCCUUAGGAGACAUCUCCAGGGAGUUUUAUAAUCAGUCUUUCCCUUUUAAUGAGCAGGAUCUUACAGAAUCAGAGACAAGUGCCUGUAUAGUCCUCUUUUUCUCUCUAUUCUAUUUUGUAGUGCUGGAGAAAUGAAGUUCUCUAUUCACAGUUCUAUUUGCCAUUGUUAUUCAUCUGCAAUAGAGAUGGGGAACCUUGCCAUCUAGUGCUAUUGAACUUUCACUUCCACCAUCACAUGAUUAUCAUCACUUCCACCAUCACUGAUUAGCAUGGCACAUGGGCCAUGCUAGAUGGAAAAUAGAUUCCAACAACUUUGGAAAAUUUCAGGUUGCCAUCCCUAACUUGUACUCACUAGUUUCUGUACUCACUUGCACCCACAAUAAAAAUUAUUGUAUAUAAUUGAACAACUUUAGUUGGGGGUGUUUUACUGUUUUCAGUAUUUUUUCUAUAUGUAUUACUCUUUGUUUUAGAAGUUGGAAAUAUCUUUUUUUUAAAAACAAAAACCUAUACUAUUGAGAAAUCUAAGUUCAAUAGCCAAAGAACAUGACUUCUGCUGGAUAGGUACAAAGAUAAAGGAGUGCCCAGCCUUCAUAUUUCCCCCUUCAGCAGCAGUUUUAUGCUAAAUGCCAAAAGCAUUUUUUUAAAAUAAAAUACCCUGCAUUUAAAAAAUAAUUUUGGAAUUUACUGCUGCUAUAUAUGAAACGCAAUGGCGUUUUCUUGCAUUUUGAGCAAUAAAAGGAAAUUCUAGUUUAAUAAUAUCCCAGGAGAAAGAGACAGAGCAUUACAGUUUUCUUUCAUUACCCAGGCUGAUGUACCUGGUGGUUAUAUUUCUAUAAGGGAAUAUGGAUAUAAAGGAAAUACAAGUUUAGUAAGAGAGGAUGUACCAAGAUUGUAUAUUGACAAGGCAGUCUUGCACAGUAGUGUACAUAUAACAUUGAAGAGUACAGGGAGUAUCAGUAAUUUUAAGGCUGCCUAUUUUCCCAUAGUGAGAAAUUUGCUGCUGGCACAGGUAUACCAGUUCUGUUAUUUAAGGCUUUUUCCCCCAUUUGCUUGGUUGUUGCUUUGGGGCUUUCCUGGAAGCAUGCAGCCUCACUGGGUUUGUCUUAUCAUGUUGUACUAUUUUUUCGACCCUUAAUUUGUGCUUGUAAGUGAAAAGUAUAGUAGACUCCUUUUGUACGCUCAUGGGAUCUGUAUCAUUUUGAAACUGCUUUAAGAGUCACCGCAGGCUUGUCCUUUGAAAUUGCUUUAAAUAGUCACUUGCAGGUUUGUUUCCUUCUGACCUUGAUUCCUCUGUACCAAAUAAUAUGGCUGUGGUGUUUCUGUAAUUACAAGAAUGUCUGAUGUGUUAACAAUUUAAACAGGACUAAUAAGAAUCUUAAUAGUGACCACUAAGUGGAUAUCAUUCUGUGAAGGAUUCUGGAUUUUAUUAAAUAUUCUUUUGAAAUAUGUACUGUAGUAUUGUGCGCUUCAAACUGGAGAACAACAUAGCACAUUCUGAAAUGCCUUAAAACAGCAUAAGAAAUUAACUGUGUAAUGGGACCAUUCCCUUCUUUUUCAGCUGAGAAUUAUCUUUACCAUGUGCUAUUUGUGUGGCUACAGGCAUGUAUUAUAACAUCCAAAUGGGUUAACUGAAAUCUAUCCAACCUUUUUACCAUGCAGUAAAAACUCUUUCAAACCCUCAAUUGUGUUUGUGAAAGAGAUGGGCCAGAUUGUGCUUGCAAACUUUACUGGAGCUGAUACCCAGCGCUGUUCAUUUCUAAUAUGCCACUGUUACACAUCACACCAGAAUUGUUAUGAUGUACUGUGAAAUGAUAGUAGAUCAUUUUGUUUUAAAUCUGGUAUUGAGAAUGUUUUGCCUCAUAGUAUAGCUACAUUGCUAAUAAUAGAUGCAUAUGUUGUGACCUAUGAAACUGUCUUGUUAAUAUGCUUUAUGGCAAACUAAAAUACAGGGAAAUCAUGCAUGUUUUGUUGUUGCCAGUUUAAAUUUUGGGAGAGGCCUUUCAGUUUUCAGAGGAGUAUCUGGAUAUCAAGUUGUUAUUCGUUUCAAGAAAAAUAUGAAUUUUGAAGCCACACCUUUUCCAAAUCCGCAAAGCAAUACAAAAAGAUGAGUGUGGCUUCAGCCUUGUCUUUCUCUGCUGUGCCUUAUGCAUAAUUGACUUUGACCAAUCAGAUGUUCUUUGACUUUCUCUUUUGGUGUUGCUUUGAUUGUUAUUACACAGCGCAAACCAGAAAGACAAUAUAAAAUCCAGCUGUUAGGCUAAAACACAUAGCAUCUGGAAACAUCUCUGUUCAGAUACUGGCACAGUUCAGAUAUAUACAUCGCAGCUUAAAAGGCAGAGAUACGCACAAGACUUUUGAGGCACCCACCAUGUGUCCUUGUGUCGCCAGUUCCUCCUUACUUGUGGUAAUUUAGGAAGUUCUCAAUUAACUAUAGUUAGUUCUUAUUUACAUCUGAACUGUUUUUCCCAGAUGCAGAGCUUGCCUGUAAGUUAACCAAUUCUAAAUCAUGAGUAGAAAUCCUAACUUGUUUGGCCAUUGUAAUCACUUAGUUACCAGUUCAAGUGCCACAAGACACUAUGGUUAAUUGACAUUUUCUGGGUUAAUUGUAUCCAAGGAAAGAAGGAGUGGCAUGAGGAUGAAGUACAUGGCCACGGGGCUUGCAUACACCUUAAUUUAUAAAUCCAGAAUAUAUAUGUCUGAAUUGUGCCACUGAAUCUCACAAAGACCUUUUCAUCUAUAAAGAUGAAAUGGAAUUUCACUACAUUUAUCAGUUUAAAGGUUAAAUCAGUACUGUAAACAACAGUAAACUGCAAAUGCAGCACACGGAAAUCGGUCUGUCCAGAAUUUUCCCCUCAAACAAUCAGUCCAGUAUUAAAUACAGUAAAUUUUAAUAGACACUUAAUGUUGUUGCUAUUUAUUGAAUUAAGCAACAAAUUGUACGCUAGAAAUGAAACUUAGUGAUAACUUUUAUACACAAUUGGUUUUUUAAAAUUAAUAUUUCAUAAUUAUUAAUAGUUACUGAAACAUGCAGUAUUCCCAUAACCACUUUUAUUUCCACUGAAGGUAUACACCUUUUGUAAAGUAUUUAUUUUACUAAAACUUGCAAUAAAUACAGUAGAGUUGACAAGUAGCCUUAGUGAAAUUUUAAUCUGACUUGGUUUAUGGUUUGUUUCCUGUCUUGUACAUAAAAGUUUUAAAACAACUUCCCCAGCUCUGAAAAUUAAUUGUUUGUUACCAAACAUUUUGAAUAAAAGCUAUUUUCCAUCUA